UCUCACCCUCUUUUCUCCCUCUUCACAAACCCUCUCCCCGGUCGUUCAGCUUCUCUGUCUCGCUCUCCGCCGUCGGCACUGGCUCUCAGCCAUAGUCGCUUCCCUCAUCGCCCACCCAUGGCACUGCCCUUCUUUCUACCGGUCUCCACGCUCUCCACCCGCGAGCAAUCUAUGCGUCUUGCUCGCCCUUCUUUCUGCCAGUCUCCACGCGUCUCUAUUAGCCUUGUCUCGUCUCCGUUAGUCCACCCUCGUCUCACUUGUCUCUUCUGCUUUUGUUCAAAAAAGACAUGGAUUCAGAUUCAAGUUAUAACAAUGGUUUGAGCAUACCCAUUUUGAAUGGAAUUGAGAAAGUGGAGAUUGAUUGUUUAGAGGAAGGGAAUCUGGAAGCUGAAGAAAAAGAAGAUGUGCAGAGCUUUAAUGCCUGAAUAUGAGGAAGGGAAAUGGGAGACAUUUCUAGUAAUUUUGUAAUGAUUAGUGAAUAAAGGAUUUAUUUUGGAGAUAUCUUUUCUUUUCUUCUAAAAAUGAGGUGAUUCUUCACUUGAAGUUAUUCAGUUUAUUCCAUGCCCUACACUUCUCUUUUAUGGUUCCUUUAGUUUUUAUAUUUUUAAAGCCGUUUCUCUUCUUUUAUUGUAUUUAAUGCAAUGGGAUUCAUAGUACUUUUAACUUGCUAAUUGAUAUUCCUGUUAGCAAUUGCUUGAGCAGUAACAUAUCGAAAAUCUACAUUUUAAUUAAGUUCAAUUUUGCUCCUCUGAACCACCACCUUUCCCAUGCAAAUGCUAGUAACAUGGGUGGUUACAAGAACGAAGGGUUUGUUGAAGUUCUUGCUGCUCAGCAGAGUCUUGAGAACCCAAACUGGUUCCAGGGGACGGCGAGUGCGGUGAGGCAGUAUCUGUGGUUGCUUAAGAAGCAUAAUGUUUUGGAAUUCUUGAUUCUUGUUUGGGAUCAUUUAUAUAAAAUGGACUAUGAAACGUUUAUUCAAGCACAAAGAGAGACUGAUGCUGAUAUUAUUGUAACUGCAUUGCCAAUGGAUAAAAAACAGGCUACUGCGUAUGGUCAGAUGAAGAUUGAUGAAGGAGGGCGUAUAAUUGAAUUCACUGAGAAACUGAAAGGAGAACAACUGAAAGCUAUGUUGAUUGAUACGACAAUUUUAGGCCUUGAUGAUGAGAGAGCAAAAGAAAUCCCUUUCAUUGCUAGUAUGGACAAAUAUGGUGUCAGUAAAGAUGUGAUGUUGAAUCUUCUUCCAGAAAAGUAUCUGGGUGCCAAUGAUUUUGAAAGUGAAGACACUCCAGGUGCCACUUCCAUUGGGAUGAGGGUCCAAGUUUACUUGUAUGAUUGCUACUGGGAGGACAUUGGUACCAUUGGACAUUGGUGCCAGAUUUCAGGUUAUUCUAGUUCUUCAAUAUUUUAUCAUUUGACUAGCUUGAUGAUAAAUUUAAUUACCUUUUAUGGUUUGGAACUUUCUUCCUUGCGAGUGGGAAAGACACACUAGUUCUAGAGGGAGAAAUUGGAGGAUUAGCGUGAAAGUGAAAGGUUCCUUGCUACCAUUAGAAUAAUGGGUUUAGGGUAUUACCAAAUGUUUGUUAAGGAUUUGGAGCAUACAUGUAUUUUUGUAUUUUCAUGUAAUUAGAAUUUAUAAAUAAUUUUGUAAAAUAUUAUUAUAUUUUUUAUAAAUG